GAGAGAGAGAGAGAGAGAGAGAGCAGCAGACGUCCCUAGAAACAGUAAAAAAGUAGAAGCAUGUAAUAUUUAUGGAUCCAGGAGUUGUGCGGGUGCCUUGGGUAAACGAAGUCGAUUGACGCGCGCGUUAAACCAGCCGCAUGUGAUUUCCAGCUUCAGUCAUUUUGGCAGCACGAUGCGAGAGGGAGACAGACACGGAGCUGUGAAACUGGACCCACUGCCAGAGAUGUCGACGGAAAGGAAUCCCUGAAACCGCCGCUGCCCAGGAAAUAUGGACAAAUGUUGUUUUCUGUUUGAGUGCGGGCUGUUUUUCUCUCGGUUUUUGCACAUCGCUACAGAGUAUAGUGGACCAGGAUGCCGUGUGGGCGAUGCUGUCACAAGGGAUACAUUGUGAUUUCGCAGAGAUGUUUUAGCAACCGUUGCAUAAAUUAAAAUAAGAAAAGCCUGUCACAUGAGGGAUUGGAGUCCAAAGGGAUCUAAUAAGACAUUACCACCUGUUACUAGAAAAUCAGCACGGCCACCCAUCAGGGACUGCCAGGAGUGAAAACUCACCACGCGAUAGCCUCAUUGUGCUCUUCAGCACCAGCUCUUCAACACCCACAGCCGACCAGGAGAGGUGACAGCUCUGCUCUCCAACAACCCAAGUCGGACAGCCAUGAUCCGGGGUGGCCCUCUGCUUCGGCUCAGAUCAGGGAUCAGCUCACCGCUUGAUGGCUAGAUUUCACCGUACAAAGCGCUGGGGGUCUUUCUACUGAGUAUCCCUCACUGCGUAGUAGCACAUGGAUUUCAAGACUUCAAAUGAAGAGACAAAGACUGGGAUUUAUUUGAUGCAAGAAGGUAAUGAGGAGCCGUUCAAUAUUCGACUGCACUUAGCCAAAGAUAUUCUGACCAUUCAAGAACAAGACGUCAUCUGUGUGUCGGGAGAGCCUUUUUAUUCAAGUGAGAGGACUGUAACGAUCAGGAGGCAGACAAUUGGAGGGUUUGGCCUGAGCAUCAAGGGUGGAGCAGAGCAUAAAAUCCCGGUUGUGAUAUCAAAAAUAUCAAAAGAACAAAAAGCUGAACUCUCUGGGCUGCUUUUCAUCGGAGACGCCAUCCUUCAGAUAAAUGGAAUAAACGUUAGAAGUUAUCGCCAUGAGGAAGUGGUCCAGGUUUUGAGAAACGCUGGUGAAGAAGUGACUCUUACCGUCUCUUUCCUUAAGAAGACUCCAGCCUUUUUGAAACUACCCCUGUGCGAAGAUUGCACAUGCAUCCCCAGCGACCAGAGUAGUGGGACUUCCUCUCCUCUGUGCGAUAGCGGCCUGCACUUAAACUACCAUCCUAACAACACGGACACACUGUCCUGCUCGUCCUGGCCCACGUCCUCCGGGCUCCGUUGGGAGAAGAGAUGGGUGGACCUGCGCCUUAUACCACUGCUUCACUCACACCUGUCGCAGUAUAACCCGGGCUCUGACGUCUGCAGGAACAAUGCUUUCCAGGUCAUAGCUGUGGACGGAGUUUGCAGCGGAGUUGUACAGUUCUCCACAGCUGACGACUGCUUAGACUGGCUUCAGGCAAUAGCGAGCAACAUUUCCAGUCUCACCAAGCACAAUGUGAAGAAGAUUAACCGAAAUUUUCCAGUUAACCAGCAGAUUAUCUACAUGGGCUGGGUCGACGAGAAGGAGCAGGACUCCAUCCAGGACCGAAUGUAUUCACCAAAGUUUCUCGCUUUGAGGGGUUCCUCACUCUUCAAGUUUUCGGCACCUCCUGUGACAACAUGGGACUGGACCAGAGCAGAGAAAAGCUUUACUGUGUAUGAGAUAAUGUGCAAGAUUUUAAAGGAUAAUGACCUUCUGGACAAGAGGAGGUACUGCUUCAGCGUCCAGACGGAGACCGGGGAGGACAUGUUCUUCAGCGUGGAACUGGACUGCGAGCUGCUCAUCUGGGAAAAGGCAUUUCAGAUGGCCACUUUCCUGGAGGUGGAGAGGAUACAGUGUAAAACGUAUGCCUGUAUCAUGGAGAGCCACCUUAUGGGACUUACAGUUGACUUCAGCAUGGGCUUCGUGUGCUUUGAUGCGGCUUCAAAGGCGGUCCUGUGGAGAUACAAGUUCUCUCAACUAAAAGGAUCAUCAGAUGACGGGAAAAGCAAGAUUAAGUUUCUAUUCCAAAAUCAAGAAUCCAAAUCUAUUGAAGCGAAGGAGCUGGAGUUCUCAAACCUCUUCGCCGUGCUUCAUUGUAUUCACGCUUUUUUUGCGGCCAAAGUCGCUUGCCUGGACCCGAUGUUUGUGGAGAGCCAAGGCAGCGCGACUACCACUGGGUUUCCUUCUCUUUCCAGUAUCUCAUGUAAUUCACAGACCCCUAAACUUAAAUACGCCACCUGACAGGCGCUGCUCUCCCCAGACCCCUUCUGAGAGGAUGCUGCACUUAAGUCGUGACCGGUGGCCUAAAAAGGGGCGGAGAGGAGAACUGAAAGAUUAUCCACUAAUGACAUCAUGGAGGACUGCUGUAUACAGUUAAAAGACCUCUUUGAGAGGGAUAUACUUGAUAUCUUGGAAGACGUUUCUGGACCUAUGAACCUCUACUUCACAAAAAGAGUCUGUGGACACAGAAUGAAAAUGUUUUUCAGUGAAAUUGUCCUUCUCUUGAGCCUCAGACAUCCUUAUGAGCAUCACAUCACAAAGAAAGAUGCAGUUCUUUUCCCAAGGUAGUCUGCCUUUCUAUGUCAAUUUAUUAGAGAUUUGAAGAGUUCAAACAAAUCAGAUUUGAGCAUUUCUGUUCCAGACGUCACUUGACCUUCUGUGAGGAUUUGUCUGGACACUUUCUAUGUUUCCUUUUCUUUGUCUGUUCUUGAGGUGACAACUUUUCCCUUUAUACUUGAAUUAGCAGUGCCAUUGAAUAUCCACUGGAGUGUAAUUAGAGUUCAACUAAAAGCUAAAUGGCAACAUAAAUCUGAUUCUGAAUCUGAAUUUUGAAUAAAUUUAAUUACACCGAAGUUUGCUAGCAGCUUCGGCUGGAUAAAAUUAACUCUUUAAAUGUAUUUGUGUACGAAUAAACUGAGUAACCUCAUUUAUUUUUCUCUGUAUAUGACGUAUACCCACAGGUUGAGGUCAGAAUAUAUCUAUUUCCUGGAUUACUGGAUAGAAAUGCUGUAUGAAGGUGUAGUUUUUGUUGUAUGGAUUAAAAAGAGACACUUUGAUAAUCACCAACCACACAACUAUAAUCUGACCCUAAACAAGAUUAGAAAACAACUUCCUUGAUGUUUAUAGCCUUUUCUCCCAAAACUUGAUUAUGUAAAUAAACACUGACAUUUAAAUGAACUCAAAGAAUUAUGAAUUAUGCCGAUUACUUGAGGGAUUACUUGUACGGAUUAUGGCAUUUGUUAAUUUGAUGAGCACCAGAGACGAUCAGAUAGAUGAUAAUCAUAACUUUGGGGCUCUCGUCAUCCUCUUCUCUAUGGACCAAUUCACAAGAAUACAAUCAGCAAUGGAGUAUUUUUUAUAUUCUAUCAAUUGUUUUGACUUCACCAUGGAAAUAUGCUAACUUCUCAUUGACAAAGAUAAAAAACACACCAUGAAGGGAAACAGAAAUAUGUAGCAUCAUGGCCUCUAAAGCAUUCAGAUGCCCCUUUAAACUUCACUCUGUAUUAAACAGUUUAUAAAUGCAACAGAGUGACAACUAAACUAUUAUAUUCAAAACGAGAUCAGGUCAAUUAGCGCAAUUAGUCAUGCUCCUGCAUUCCAUUUUACAAAGUAGACUCCAAACAGAAGAGGCCCAUUGGUAAGUAAACUCUAGAGGAUAGCAAAUUAAAUGGGGUCAGUAAAGUGCUCCAUUCUGUGCGGGCUUGUUAAGCUGACAUGAGAGUCUGAGGGAGACUAAUGGUGGUGCAGUCUAUGCAAAGAAAGUCUGAGUGAUGCUUUUGUGCUUUAAAAUGAACUCAGUUGUAUACCCUUAUAACACAGGAUCUAGAGAGUGAGGUUUGUUUUAUUUUUUGCAGAUGUUUUAUUAACAAAUAUGCUGUAUGAUAAAUUAAUAAAUAAGAACUUUUAUAACAUG